CGUCAAAGCGGAACAACACAGUUUUACUGACGCAAACUGAACUUCGCAGAUUGACACAGAUUUCGUGGGAAAAUGAAUCCUGAUCAGAUUUUAAUUUAAUUACCGGUAGGUUUUGGUUCUCGCAUGUGUACUUGUCGAGUACUCUCGUAAUUUGAUGGGCUUCCUCUGUAUCUUCAUAGAGACCACCUUCGAUUUCCAGAAAAGAAGUAUCGCAAUACUGAAAGUGUCACAAAUUGUAUCAGAACUGGUUAGACUUAAAAUCCACUGCACAUUGUCAUCCCAGCGAAUAAGCCGUUUAUCGAUCUGAAUUUUUCGGUCGUCCUGAACCAAACCAUGAUGUCAAAAGCAACAGGCACCUUGUACUCGAUCCUGGUGUCACUGGUCCUCGUAUUGUGCUGCAGUAAAUGCCAUGCGUUCUUGCCGCAGCAGACCAAAGCGCCCAACACAAUUAACACUCAAAUCGGUUGGUUUGGACAACAGAAGACUUCGGCCCCUGGACAUCCCCUCUCGAUGGGACUUGUCGACGACUUCGUCGCAAGCACGGACGAAAAGACUAGGAAGUCGAGGAACGAAAAGUAUCUAGCAAAACUACAAGAACGUGUUACUCGAAUCAACGGCCUGGAAGAAACUAUUGAGGAACUGGGUGACGAUGAGCUUCAGGCAAAAACUGAAUCCUUCAAGGAACGUUUGAAAAAUGGGGAAGACAUCAACGGACCAUUACUUGAAGAAGCAUUUGCCGUCGUUCGUGAGGCAGCGUGGUAAGAAUUCGUUACAAAAUACAUUGUCCAAUGAUGCGGACUGAUCUCGCUCAAACGAGGUCCCAAAAAUUUUCCUCACCUUGUUUUGUCGUUUGCGUUCUUCGAUCUUUAUUUGACAGGCGUGUCCUAGAACUUCGUCACUAUGACGUUCAAAUUUUGGGUGGUUUGGUACUUCAUGACGGUCGUCUGGCUGAAAUGGCAACAGGAGAAGGAAAAACUCUUGUAUCCACUCUCCCAGUUUAUCUUAAUGCUUUGACCGGUGAAACGUCCUUCGUUGUCACUGUGAACGAUUACCUAGCGAAACGAGACAUGGAAAUAAUGGGGCAGGUCCAUCGAUUCCUUGGUUUAACAGUUGGAUUAAUUCAAUCUGAAAUGAAAGAGGAAGAGCGUCGUGUUGCUUAUGAAAAUGAUGUUGUCUAUGUAACAAACUCAGAGCUUGGUUUUGAUUAUUUGAGGGAUCACUUGGCUCUGACACCUGAGCAAACCGUGCUCCCCAAGGGAGCCGGAGAAUUCAAUGGUUUUUGUGUUGUCGACGAAGCCGACUCAGUAUUGAUUGACGAAGCUAGAACUCCACUUAUCAUAAGUAAGCAAGUCGCAUCCCCUGCCACGAAAUACCAGACUGCAUUUCAAUUAGCGGAGGCUCUGAAACCAGACGUCCACUACACUGUGGACCUGAAAAAUAAAGCAUGCACCCUGACCGAAGUUGGUUACAGAGAUAGCGAGCGCGCUUUGGGUAUCGAUAGUCUGUUCGAUAUUCAAGCUGAUGGAGAAGCGUGGGUGCCAUUUGUCGAAAAAGCCGUCAAUGCGAAAGAACUUUUUGAAAAAGAUGUGGAUUACGCGCUGAUAACUGAUGACUCUGGCAAUAAAGUAGGAGUUGGUAUCAUUGACUCAUUUACCGGUAGAAUUUUAGACGGUCGUCGCUGGUCUGAUGGAUUACACCAAAGCAUCGAAACAAAAGAAGGCAUUCCCGUAAGCGAGCAGUCCCAGGUCAUUGCAAAGGUUACUUAUCAGGUGAGUGCCGUUUCAUUCUAUUUUUUAUGCGAUACGAAUUUGUCAUUUCUCACGAUCGUUACCUUUUGCAUUCUUGAAGUCGCUUUUCCGUCAAUUUACCCGUCUGUCCGGAAUGACAGGAACUGCCAUGUCUGAUGCUGACGAAUUGGAAUUGACCUACGACCUGAAAGUAGUCCCUAUUCCCACCGCCCUUCCAAUCGCUCGUCGUGACUACCCCGAUGUCGCCUUCAAGACACGCAAGGCUGCCGACGAGGCUCUUGUCAAGGAGAUCAAGAACGUUGGAGGAGGUCAAGAAGGUGGACGACCUUGUCUUGUUGGCACAACUUCGGUUGCCCAAAGUGAACUCAUUGUCAGCAAGCUUGCAGAAGCUGGAAUCAAAGCAGAGCUUCUCAAUGCGUCACCAAACAAUGCUCCUCGUGAAUCAGAGAUCGUUGCCCAGGCAGGAAGAACCGGUGCCGUAACAGUAGCAACAAAUAUUGCAGGUAGAGGAACUGAUAUUCUGUUGGGAGGAUGCCCAAAGACCAUGGCACGAAUCAAACUCAGAUCUGUUCUUGUCGAAAACGGAGUUCUUUCCACCGAGGAAGCCGAUGCUCUUCCACCAUCACCUCCAGAGGACUACUACCCUUGCGAAUUAAAUGAUGAUGUUCAAUACAUGAUGAAAGAUGCCGCAGCGUCACUUCGAAAUCAAUUUGGUAGUGAGAUGACAAGUCUCGGCUUGAAUGAAAUACUAACAAUUGCCAUCGAUACCACUGAGGCCGAAGAUGAUCCUGAACACAUCCUGAAGCUUCGAAACUCAGCGGCUGUAAUUCGUGAAAUCUUUUCGGAAAUCACAGACGCCGAUAGGGAUCUGGUUCAAGAAGCCGGGGGACUCUACGUCAUGGGAACCAACCGUCACGAAAGUUGUCGGAUUGAUAAUCAAUUGAGAGGUCGAGCAGGUCGACAGGGAGAUCCUGGUACUUCGAGAUUCUUCCUCUCCUUCGAAGAUGAUAUGUUUGUUAUCUUUGGUGGUGAUGGUUUACAAAAUAUUCUGAAGACCUUCCGUGUGAGUGACGACAUGCCAGUCGAAGCUCCACAAGUUUCCGAAGCCUUAGACAAGGUCCAACAGGCGGUCGAAAUCAAAUACCAGGAGAUUCGUGGAGAAAUUUUUAAGUUCGACGACGUUCUGAAUAAGCAGAGGUCCAUAAUUUACGCCCGUCGACGAAAAAUCCUGAACAUGUCGGACGAGGAAUCCACCGCGAUGAUGAGAAAAUACAAUACGAAUGUCAUCACUGCUAUCGUCAAGGGGCAGACUAACAUGGGAAAGAUCGACGCUGGAGCGAUCGUAGACAAGGUUGGUCAAUUUUUCCCUCUUGUUGCUUCGGUUGUGAAAGCCAGCGACAUCGAAGGCAUGUCGGAAUCGCAAGCAAUCGAGUUUCUGUCGAUAGCAGCCGACGAGGUGUUCACGAAAAAGGCGGAAGUCCUCGACCAACAAGCGAUAGCGGCAGGCAAAGCACCCAACUCCAUUGGGAGAUCUGCUCGAUACAUCAUCUUGGUGACGAUGGAUAAUGCCUGGAGUGACCACUUGCAGCUGUUGGAAAAUCUGAAAGAAGCGGUUGUCAUCCGUAAAUUCGAAGGAAAGGAUCCUCUGAAAGAGUAUAUCGCGGAGGCGUUCGAGACGUUCGACGGAUUGGAAGACGACAUGCAAAAUAAUGCCGUCUUCUCAUUGUGGCAGAGUUUAGGGGCCUAGUUUCUCUCUCCCAAGUAAGACGAAAAAAAAUAGAAUUUUCAGGAAGAG